UCGUCGUCGUCGGUGUGUCUCAGCGUCUUGGGUUGGCUUUUCGGUGUUGCGUGACGGGCGUGCAAGGAAGCAGUAAAACCCACAGCCCCACCACCCCGAACACUCUGUCUGUCCUGCUUACACACCAACACACACACAUACACAGAAAAGGGUACAGGUUUUUUUGUUCGUUUGUUUGCUGGUUUCAGGGUGGUGAAAUGAAGCCUGCGCCUUGCCACCGAGAAGCCGCCUUUCAUUCUGUGAUCAAUCGCAUCCGCGUUCGGUCGUGGAUUUUUUAGCGCGUCUGUGCCGCUCGUUUCCCAGCACGAUCGUGUUUCGUGUGAUCGUGUGGUACACCUUACGUGUGCGUUUGUGUGUGCGUGUGUGUGUGUGUGCAAAAUAAGGGUGAGUUCUUGUGAAACGUGCACGGAGACCCGUGUCUGGGUCUAGGAGUGGCUGGCCAUAGGACACAGGCCUAGACAUCAACCGAACCCUGAGAGGUAGAGAGAAAGGUCGUGCCAAAACCCCUCGAGUCUUAUCGCUAGAGACCCCCAACCCCUUUAUCCCCACUCCUCCCCCACCCCACUCAGUUCGUGAUCGUGAAUGUCAUAGCGGGUGAGGUUCUGUCUGAAAGGAAAUUACACACAAAAAAAGAGAACGGUACUCGCGCGAAGGAAAGGAAGAAGGAAGGAGACACCUCCAUUCAGUGACACACGGGGUUGUUAACGUUUGCCACGGCAAGCACACCACAAACUGCCAGUGUCUGGGGGCCGUAGUGGAGCUGCUAGUGAACUUGUGCCGCAGCUUGGCAGACGAGAAACAAGCAAUCGGUUGAUUUGUGGUGUAAAUCUCCCCGCCCACCUCCGCUGAUACGAUGAGGCUAACUGGAACGCUCUGCCUAGCGCUGGUGGCGCUGGUGGCGAUCGCGUCGGCCAGCCCGCUGGACGAACAGGCACGGGCGGCACUGUUCCGCCGCAUGCGGCUCGGCGGUCCCAAAGACGCCGCGAUUGCCCGCGUAGCCCAGGCGCACGACCGGCAGCUGCGGCAGUACGCGCAGCUCAGCAACUUUAGCACGUUCAGCGACUACUUCCUGGCGCAGCUGCGCCAGCAAAACCUGGCGGUGGCGUACGCGUUCGACGAGCGGCGCCCGACCGCACCCGUGACCUCCGAGGUGCCGUACUACGACGAGGUGGACGAUAUCGGUGACCGGCGUCGGGCGGAAACGCUUGCACUAAACACGCGCACUGUCACUACCAUUGCACCGCCCAUUACUACUAGCACGCUUAGCACUACUACUAGCACUGAUAGUGAUAUCACGACCAGCAGCACUACUACUACCACUACCACUACUACUACUACUACUAGCAUAAACGGCACCACCGGUGGCCACUUGCCUGCGAAAGUUUGGGGUGAAGUCUACAAGCACGAGGACCAGAGCCGUCCGGGCGUGCCGGUCGCGGACAGUCUCGACAAGGUGCCCGCGGCCGAGGACCGCAAACAGGGCAAGGAGCUGGCCGAGGAGGAGACGACUACGGCGGCGGCCGCUGCUGCUGCAGCUAGCUCCACUCCCGUCCCGGCGAAGGGAGGUCUGAACAGGCUGUUCGCUCGCAAGAAGUACAGUCCACUGUUGCGCGACGGCUCGAAGGGAGCGCAGUCCACGACGGAGGCUGCUGGUACGGUGUCCCCGGCUGCCGCCGCCAGUACGACGGAAAGCGAGGACGGUGUCACUUCCUCCGGGACGACGCGACGGACGCGCCCGACGCGCCCAGGCAAGUUGCCGCGGUCGACCUCGCCCAAGCCGACGGUUUCGGUGAAACCGACCAAGAUUUCGUCCCGCUUCUCGAAGCCCACGGUCGAGCCGACGGAAAGCACGGUAGCGCCGGUGACGUCCCGGACGACACGCGGCCGCCGUACCCGCCCAUCGAAACCGUCGAAGGUGUCCGGCACGACGACGACAACGACCACGACGGAGGAGCCAACUACCACGACCACCACCACGACGACAACAACCACCACAACCACGACGACGACUACACCGGCACCAACGACGACAACGACGACGACGACGAGCACUACAGCCGCUCCCAGCACAACUGCCGCCUCCUCUGACGUCUCCCUGGCAACGGGGAGCGUACCGCUCGCUGCUAAGGUGGGAGCAGAGCAAGCGGACGAGGAAAGCUCACCCAGCUCAACGGCUGCCCCUGCCAGCACGAGCACGGUCAAACCUUCGUCCACCACGGUGGCAACGGUCGCCACCUCCUCCAUGACAGCCGAGAGCGAUGCAGCCGGGCAGGAGGCGGACGCACCCGCUGCCCCGGCCAAGAGUGCCCCGAAACCGGAACGUGUCAUCCCGGUGGUCGAGCGGCAGGACGAGCUGCCCGAGAACGAGAGCUUGCUACAGUCGGCCAGCUACGAUUCGUCCGCCGAGCAGGAUGAGCAGCAGUAGGCGCGUAGUGCACGGGACAGCGGAGCGUGCGUUUGUGUGUGUGUAUGUGUGAUAAGGAUGUGAGAGUAUAGCGUUGACAUUUACUUGACUAUACGCAGCGGUGUAUACCACUACUAUUUGCGCCCUUACUCCCCAUUUGCCCGACGAAUUUAUCCGGGUCGGAGGGGUGCCCUGGGGGCGACGCGAAUAGUGGCAGCCGCUUCUUCUUCGGCAGCAUUCGAUUUUGUAGCUAGCGAAUGUUGGGCGAACGAAAUAAAGAUUAGGUAAAUCCACUGUA